GAGCCUCACCUCAUCUGCUGCUCCGUCGGGACCAUCUCUGACUACAGAGCACUUAUUUCGACUCCAUAUUUGUUAGCCUUUAACUCUUGCUGGACCAGUUCAAGAAACGUAGUCGGAGUUGUCCUCGGAUCGUGGGAUGUGAGGGUUGUUGUGUCUGUGGGUGAAAGAGGGGGGCGGUGGGUGCUGUGCUCUGCUCUGCUCUGCCUUGCUGUGCUCAGUGCAGGACGCAGGAGACAGUCGCUCUCCAAGGUGCUGAAAGUCGGAGCGCUCCCUCCUCAGCUGACGAUGAAUGCGACCUCUGCCGAAAAAACGAAAAUCAAAUAAUGUCUGACUUCAAUCCUGAAUGGUUUAAAUUUUUAUACUCUUCAACUUCCACUCACUCGGAUUGUCAUUUCUCGUCGUCAUGCAACCGCUGGAUGUAUACGCACAUAUGUGCAACAAGACUGGCUGCUGCUUUCUAAUGUUCACCUGCGUCGUUUGGAAAUACUGAAUUGACUCCGGAUUCUCAGGGAACGCUACUGAGGAUUUUUUUUUUCUUGGUCUCCUUCCCCACAUACAUGCGGUAUGCCUUUGGACGUAAACUGUGAUAUUGUCUCAAAAAAAGGUGAGUCCAAGGAGGAUAACCAUGAAGCAAACCUACUUUUAUGUGGAUAUCAUAUUCUCUCCUCUUCUAAGGGGGAACCAUAUCUCAAAAAGGCUGGUGUUUAAUAGCUUUUAAAGCAACCAUCACGAACGACAGGGAGGAUUAUAGAGUCUGGUGGAGUCUGGUGAAUAUACCCGCUGGAUAAAGUGAAGUUUCCAAUACAGGCUAGACGACUAUCUCUAAUCUGUUCUGUGUGCUGAGCUCUCCGGAUACACGCUAAGUGGAUAUCAAGCAAUUUUCAACGCGCAGCCCUCUUCCUCAUGUGGUGAUGACUGUGGUGAUGGUAAUGAAGCGCAGAACGGAUCCGGAGAGGAUACAGAGAGCUUAGGGAUGACAUCCAGACAAUCUUGUUGAAUGUGGGUAUCGAUGCCGCGGCGAACGAUGGGAAGGAUGGGCCCUCUCCUCCUCUCGGCCGCAUGCGUCCUCCUGCUGGCCCCGAGCGCCGUGCGUCUGGCCUCAGUGGGAAACCCCGAGGAUUACCCCGCGGACGAGGCGGAGCGGACGGCCAGUGAAAGCAUCGUCUUCGAUGACUACCGGGGUAAAGGGUGCGUGGAUGACAGUGGCUUCGUGUACAAACUGGGGGAGCGCUUCUACCCGGGACACUCGAACUGUCCGUGCGAGUGCACGGAGGACGGGCCUGUGUGCGACCAACCCGAGUGCCCUAAAUUGCACCCCAAGUGCACCAAAGUGGAACACAAUGGGUGCUGCCCUGAGUGCAAGGAGGUUAAAAACUUUUGCGAGUACAGGGCCAAAACGUAUAAAAUCCUGGAGGAAUUCAAGGUGUCUCACCUACAGGGUUCCCCAUCAGAUGAGGAAGGGACCAGUGCCCCCAGCAUGGCUGCCGGCAAGCCUCAGGCGUCAGCACAGCUGCAAUCAAGAGCCAGGAGAUAUAGGCCGUCACCCUGUGAAUGGUGCCGCUGCGAACCAAAUAAUGAGGUGCACUGUGUGGUGUCCGACUGCGCUGUCCCAGAGUGUGUGAACCCCGUGUACGAGCCGGAGCAGUGCUGCCCCAUCUGUAAAAACGGUCCAAAUUGCUUCGCUGGAACAACGAUCAUCCCAGCCGGAAUUGAAGUAAAGGUGGACGACUGCACCAUCUGCCGCUGCCACAACGGAGACUGGUGGAAGCCGGCGCAGUGCUUGCGGCGGGAGUGCCUCAACGGCCAGUCGUUGUCAUAGAGAGACUCCACCUGGGAUGGUGGGAAAGCUCAGGCAAGGCCCUGCCUACUGCACCAUUUUGUAUGAUUGACAGAGCAGGAGCACAAUUCCUAAGCAACCUGAGACAGCAUAGUAUCAAGGAGAUGCUCACACAAGCUUCACACAAAUACAAAUUUAGCCACUGGGAAGAAGACGGAACUUGUCUCCUGGCUGUUUUCACCCUCCAGUUUUAACCGUCCUCUAUAUUUUCAGAAAUUGACUUACUUGACUUGCUGCUCUCACACAAAAAGUUUCUAAGCUCUUUGAACUCUUUCCUAACCAUUGGCAAUGUUGGAUUGCUCAUGUUGAUUUCUGUAUGUACGUCAUCUGCUUGUUGUACUUGUCUGUCACAAUCACGCAGGUGUUGUAAAGUUCAAACAGCAGGAAAACAAACUGUAAGCACACUUAA